AUGUCUCGUGUCUGGCUCAUCACUGGCGCCUCAUCUGGCUUCGGCUUAGAGUUGGCAAAGAUCGCUGCAGCUCGCGGUGACCGCGUCCUCGCUGCUACCCGUAACCCUAGCAAAGUAGCUGCUCUGCCAGGCAUCACCGUCGUUCGCUUAGAUCAUAACGAGCCGCUACCACAAAUCCAAGCCGACAUCAAGGAGAUCUUGAAGAUUUACGGUACUAUCGAUGUUGUUGUUAAUAAUGCCGCCUACGUACAAGCUGGCACGGUUGAGGAGGCAACGCCUGAAGAGACAAGCCGACAAUUCCAAGCCAACGUGUUCGGCCCCAUCAAUGUCUACCGCGCCGUUCUUCCACACUUACGAGAGAAACGUUCCGGCACUCUUAUUACUAUCGGUUCCAUGGCCGCCUGGUUCUCAAUGGCAAGCUGCAACCUCUACAACGCAUCUAAAGCCGCUCUCCGACGCCUAUCCCUCGGCCUCGGCGAUGAGAUCCGACCGUUCGGGAUUCAGCACUGUCUAAUCGAACCAGGGUUCUUUCGGACAGCGCUACUAGACCCAUCAAGCAAUCUCGCGGGGACCAACGACAGCACCGCGCGCAUUGCCGACUACGCGGAUCUCGUAGCUAAGGCUAACGCCGAUUUCGCGGGUUUUCACGGCAAUCAGCUUGGCGAUGCUGUUAAAGGGGCUAGUAUUAUAUAUGAUCUCGUCACGUCAAGUGGUGUUGCGGCUGGUCGACCGUUGCCACCGUUUGUCCCACUGGGAAGCGAUGCUAAUGAGGCGAUUGUUAAGAGCGCGCUGGGUACCGUUGAUGAGGUUAGAGAGUGGACGGAUAUUGCGCGGCUGAGUGAUUCCUAA